AUGAGAGAAGAACAAAUUGUUGCAAUCAUUUUGACUGUUACAUUUGUUCUUGGAGCAAUUCAAGAAGUGAAAUCUCAUAAAGACCAACCUUUAUCAGGAAUUGCUAUCCAUAAAACAACAUUCCAUCUCAGUGAUAAAGCUUAUGUCAAAGCCUCUCCCACAGUUCUUGGAUCUAAUGGUCAACAUAGCGAAUUCGUGUUGGUCGAAUAUAGUUCUCCGAAACCAUCAGAUGAUGAUUGGAUUGGAGUGUUUUCUCCUGCAGAUUUCAAUGCUUCUACUUGUCCAGGAGAUAACAAAAUGGCGAGUCCACCUCUACUGUGUUCUGCUCCUAUCAAGUUUCAAUAUGCAAACUUUAGCAAUCCAAGAUACAACAGUACCGGAACCGGUUCCUUGAAGCUUCAGCUGAUCAACCAGAGAUCAGACUUCUCUUUCGCGCUCUUUUCAGGCGGUUUGUUGAAUCCAAAGCUUGUGGCAGUCUCAAACAAAGUAGCCUUUGAGAACCCAAACGCACCAGUUUACCCUAGACUAGCGCUAGGGAAAGAAUGGGAUGAAAUGACAGUGACAUGGACCAGUGGUUAUGGACUUGACUCAGCAGAGCCUGUAGUCGAAUGGGGUAUUAAAGGAGGAGAGCAUAAACUCUCACCUGCUGGGACACUAACAUUUGGACAAAACAGCAUGUGUGGUGCUCCUGCAAGAACGGUGGGAUGGCGUGAUCCUGGAUACAUACACACAGCUUUCCUCAAAGAGCUAUGGCCUAACUCCAAGUAUACAUACAGAGUUGGUCAUAGAUUGGCCAAUGGUGCAUUCAUCUGGAAUAAAGAGUAUGAAUUCAAAUCUUCUCCAUUUCCGGGCCAAAGCUCUCUCCAACAUGUUGUAAUCUUUGGAGAUAUGGGAAAGGCUGAGGUUGAUGGCUCAAACGAGUAUAACGAUUUCCAACGUGCUUCACUCAACACCACAAAGCAGCUUAUUAGAGAUCUAAAGAAGACAGAUUUAGUUUUCCACAUUGGAGAUAUCUGUUAUGCAAAUGGAUACCUUUCACAGUGGGACCAAUUCACAGCUCAGAUUGAGCCAAUUGCUUCCACUGUUCCAUACAUGAUUGCAAGUGGAAACCAUGAGCGUGACUGGCCCAACUCCGGAUCUUUCUAUCAAGGUCUAGACUCUGGAGGAGAGUGUGGUGUACCAGCAGAGACAAUGUUCUACGUUCCUGCUCAAAACAGAGCUAAGUUCUGGUACUUGAGUGACUAUGGAAUGUUUAGGUUCUGUGUGGCUGACACAGAACAUGACUGGAGAGAAGGAACAGAGCAGUAUAACUUCAUUGAGCAAUGCUUAGCAUCUGUCGACAGAAAAACACAGCCUUGGCUUAUAUUCUUAGCUCAUCGCGUGCUCGGUUAUUCCUCCACAUCGUUCUACGCGGAAGAAGGCUCUUUCGGUGAACCAAUGGGAAGAAAUAGUCUUCAGAAGCUAUGGCAGAAGUACAAAGUCGACAUUGCAAUCUAUGGGCACGCACAUAACUACGAGAGAACAUGCCCUGUUUACCAGAGUGUAUGCAUGAAUCAUGAGAAGAGCAACUACAAGGGUCCAUUGAAUGGGACGAUCCACAUUGUUGCUGGAGGUGGAGGAGCUGGUCUUGCUGAAUUCUCUGAGCUACAACCGAAUUGGAGUCUGGUCAGAGAUUAUGACUACGGAUUCUUGAAACUUACUGCUUUGGAUCACUCUAAUCUUCUCUUUGAGUACAAGAAGAGCAGCGACGGACGAGUGCAUGACUCGUUCAAUAUAUCAAGAGACUACAGAGACGUUUUGGCUUGUGCUGUUGAUAGUUGCCCUGCAACAACACUUGCUUCAUAA